AUGGACAACAAUAAGAGUCGCUAUCUCAGAACACACUUAGAAAGCUUUCUUCUGUACUCUUUUUUACUUUUGAUGAAUCGAGGUAUGUUUAGCGGAGCGUUCUAUUAACCCGACGUACACCAUACAUCUAUAAUUCUUCCUCAUUUGAUUGAAGGAACAGGAAAAUUUUUUUUCCAUCAGAGAUUUUUUUCCAUCUGCCGUUCAGAAACCCGGUUGAUGUAGGAAAAUAUCUGUAAGUUUUUUUCAAUCAAGACUAACUUUAAAAGGUUCUUCGUGCCGUUAGAGGCCUCGUAACUGUAAAAAUAUUUAAACACAUAAAGCCUAACUGAAUUAUCUUGAUGGGGUCAGCAAGGAAGACUUUGUUAAAUCCAGUGGGGUCGUAUAGUAAGUCGUUUUUAUGCUAUGCGGUGUUAUUCUCCAACAGAACACUUAUAUUCAUUCUUACGAUCAGAGCCAGGUCGAUCACAAACUACCACUGAACAGUAAUAAUUUCCCCUGACGUUGCAAUUAUUCAAAAUUUUCGUCGGUUCCCAGAAAUGUACCUUAUGUGAGUUUCUCAUGAGGUGUUUAACUUGCAUCCCCACAUACUAACCAAUCUGCAUAAACAAACAUCAGGACGUUUUAAUACAUUUUUUUUCCAUCAGUAUAAGUAAUGGAUCUCACACUUUCAGAAAUUUCUACAAUACGGAAGUAAAAAAAAUUUAAAAAAAAUGUGAUAAUGGUCUUUACUGUCGGAAACCAGAAACUUGCUUUCGUAUCAUUUCGUAUCUUCUGUUUUUUAAUAAGGAAAGGACGCAUCUAUUCAGGUUGCGUCAAAAAAAUACAAAAACGCGUUUUGUCGUUGAUGUCAUGGACUAAAAGAAAUAAAUCAUCAAAGGACUCGAAAAAAACUGCGAAAUUGCGUGUAAAGAUCAGAAGAAUCAACGUUAUGAGUUGAUCUCUGCUGGAUGUUUACGAGAAAAUUUUGCAAUAUUGGGAAUUCUUCUACUUUUCCCAUAACAGGUGUCUCAUCUGCAGCAAAAUCAAACUGCGAAAUAAAGUCUUCUUGCGGAGCCGACUGCCAAUAUGCUAAUCGAACUACAGUGGAUCCAGGCUCUUACAUAACAUUUGACUGCACGCUUUCCUCAGAAGCGGCAAAAAACAUAACCUGGGAACAAGCAAAGAAGCUGGCUGGAAAAGGAGAUGGCACAUCAGAUCUAGCUUUACAGGAGAGUUCCCAAAAUAUUUCAUGCAAGUGUACCAAGAUAUUCUUCACACGUAGGUAUCAGUCUCAUUAUGGUUGUGGAGGCGUAUACUGUAGCGAAGGGCGUGGGUCAAGUUACGUGAUUAUUCAAACUGUUUUGUUGUCAGAACAAAUAUAAAAAGCACACUGGUACAAAGUUGACGAAAUUUUCCCCGAUAAAUGGUUAAUGCUAAAAACUAGCUUUAUCACCAAACGUUUCAUUUGCCCACCGACACAGCUCAUCAGUUUCCCUAGAGACCAAUAAUCUCAGACAUAACAAGGGAUGUUAUUGUCUUCGUUUCUUCAGGCAAACUUAAGAUAGACGAUCAUACGGAAUCUCCCUAUAUAAUCCAACAAGGGGAACGACCUUAUUUGAAGUGUAUUUUCUCGGGAUGGCCACUCCCGCCCGUAGCUAAUUGGUUCAGGGAAGAGAAGCUAAUCACUGACGAGUCAAAAGCAGUUUAUCAGUUGGACAGGAUCUUAGGGAAGGAAGGAAAUAAAACUCUCCACAGCAGUCUCAAUUUUCAAGUUGCACGCGAGGACCAGGCAGGAUUCUAUAAGUGCAAUGCUACAAACAGCAUUCCAGGCUGGUCAAGCAGUAAAUCUAAAAUGAUACAGACGAUAUACCAGUGUAAGUAUAUGGUUAAAAUCCAUUCCGUUUUGAAAUGUGGUAUAGGAUUUCUCAGUUUAAGAGUUACUCAGGUUUUCUCCACUCGUUACGCUCAAUUUCGAUUGCUCGAAGUAAGCCGAACUUUAUCCCAGUUUGGUGUGGCAAAUUUUGAUCUGAAUUUCCUGAAAUUGGAGUAAUUAAGUAUUAUUAAUUGAGUUGAUAACGUUCAUUGGCUACCAUAAAUGAAAGAAUUUUAAAGCUGAGUCAGAGCGAUGACAAAGGGUUAACACCUUGAAACGUCAGCUUUAAAACUCUUUUAUGGUGGCCAAUUUACGUUAUCAACUCAAUUGAUAAUACUUAAUUACCCUGUUAUGCUCUCUCACCGACCCAGCUCCACAGUUUCUUUAGAAACCAACUCCCUUUGUUACCUGAAAUUAGUUUCUCUCUGAUCUGCUUGCAGCUAGUUCUCCUAUUGGUUCACGCUUGCUGUAAGUAAGGUCCUUUAUUUGAACACAAUGAGAAUGAAAGCAUUACAUGCUUGAGGGAUCGUGUGUAACUAGCUAAUUGCUGAGUAACCUCCGUGUAAAAGUGGAUAAAAUGUAUAUGAUGAAUAAUGAAAAACAAAUAUAGGACAAUACAAAAUGUACUUUUGUAAUUUAAGAUAAUUUAAAUUUCGAAUCUGACAUCUUCUUCGCUACUGACUGUGCGGUUAAGCUGGUAAAUCUGAUUUCCCUAAAUGUGGGAUUAGAUUUCACUUUUCUAUAAAAUAGCUUAAACUACAAGAGUCAUUGAAAUUAUCUGAGCCAAAAUUCCAACCAAAGCGCCUUUAUAACGAAUAAUUUACAGGAUCUGUUAUAGACGCGCCUCUAUAACUGUUGGUUGUAAAGCUUUAGUUUGGUAGCCUACGAUUACCUUUCACGUACCACAUGAGCGAGGGUGGACCUGUAAUAGAUUGUCUCCAAGUGGACAAACACCAUUUAGAAUUUCUUUUCUAGAAGUCCUGACGCUUCUGCCUCCAUACAAUCCACAUCGAUACAACCAACUCAACAGUAGGGAAUCUUUUUCCUUCAUAGGUCCACAUGCACAGGACCCAAUUGUUGAACACUUGGAAGUUCUCGCGCGCAAAUCUUUUAAUACAACGUUGAUCUGCUUGGUUUAUGAAUCCGAGGAAGGUUGUCCAGAUGACUUACGAUGGUACGCCAAUGGGCGGCCUCUGAGAAAUAGUGGAAAGUACGAAAUAUUAGAGAAGAAAACUCAAUCCAAGUGCAAGAGAGAAUUUAGAUUGACCAUUUUUAACGUUACGAAAAAUGAUGAAGGAAAUUACAGCUGUCACUGGAUAUGCGAAUACUUUGAGGAUAAGAUAGCUACCAUUAAGUUGAAAGUAUCUGUUGAGUCUAUCACUGGUAAGAGUUUUCAUGUUAGUCUAUUAUCAUCAGUCUCCCAAGACUCGUUAACAUUCUUAAAGUUUCGCCUCCAUCUUUAUUGUUGUUUUCAUAUGGGUAAUCUUUCGAUCUAAAUGCUUUCGGGAAAAACGUUUUUCUCAAAUUUCUCAAUUUUACAUCUUGAGUACGAAGCUUAUCUUUAUGUCAGUGAGUGUUUUAUGUCAGUUUUUCUUCUUUGGAAAAUGUGUAGCUGCUGUUACCAUCAAAAUUUACCGCUACGAUUCUCAUAUUGAUCGCCAUGAAAGAUUAAAAAUGGCUUUUCCGUUUUAAAACAUUUGCUUAGUUGAAUGGGCAAAUAUAGGUAUUGUGGAACUGAUGAAGUCACUAACCCAGUUAUGUAAAACCAACCUCUACAACAAGUAAAUAAAGAGGUUAGUUUCGCUCAGUGUGGUGCAGAAACCGUUGAAACCUGGAAAACUACUCAAUAGUUCUUGAAAACCCGAGGUUACGUAAAAACUGCGUUUUCUGGGAAGAAAUCUUUGAUUCCCCUUACCCACCCUACAGAGCAACUUCGCUCUUCUAUUAGAACGUACUAAAACGAUGAAUACCGUUGAAGUCGCGCUAUGGUUGUCUACUAAAACUCGGAAUAUCCUUUGGUAAUCACCUAUGAGUUACGCGCGCGGGAUUUGCACCCGGAAGUAUUUUAAUCGUUGCGGGAAAAAUGAGUUAAAAUCGUCUUUUUGUGCAUAUUAUCUCAAUGUUUUAGUGUUAACAUAGUAAACAACUAUUUACUCCGGUGUUGGUGGCUUGCGAAGGAUAUUCACCGCGCCGCUUCGUGGAUCGGUGAAUAUCCACCAUUAGCCAUCUCCAUUUCGGUGAGUAGUUGUUAAUUAUUGUUACUUAGAUUAAUAAGAAUACUUUGGCAGGCCUCAAAGUACGAAGUCUAUGAAUGGGGCAUUACUUUAUUCCAUGGCUUUGUUUUUUAGCUUCUCAGUCACCUAGAGCGAGUGCAUUUUGUGCAUGAAAGGGCGGUUUCGAUGUCUUUUUUUCGUUGAGCAUUCUGUAACUUUCAUUCCAUUAUUCAGACCCACCAACAGUGGUUAACGUUUCGACUGGCCCCCUAUAUCCACUUUCAGGUCAGUAAAUCAUAGAUAUUACAUGGUGAAUUAGAAUAAUAAAUUAUGACCUAAACAUAAGAAUAACGUUAUAAGAAAUAAUCGGCCAUGAAUAUUAGAACGUUUCGAAUUUAAAAUUGGGAAUGAAAUAAAUAAAUAUCAGUAACUUUCUGUAAAUCGAUAAUUGCAUGCCUGAGUCAUUGCGGACACAGGCCAUAGGACAGUGUCACUAACACCAACCUUUUUCUGCUAUUUUUAUCACAAAAUUACAAAACUUGAUUUAGACUCCAUGGUAGAUUAUCACCUUACAAAGAAAUAUGUUAUUGCUCAACAGUACUCUAAAAUCCUAGUUUCAACAGAUCAUAAAACGUUUUUUAAGUUGUGGUUACUAGGAAGGAUCAUGGUUUUUUUAAUCAAGCCAUUAUUUGUUGUAUGGUUUUAUUAAUCUGCAGGACAGCGCAAAAAGUGGCUAUUGCCGAUCAUUAUUCUGGCAGCAGUAGGUGGCGUUGCUAUUUUCAUGGCAGCCGUGCGGUUCGGAGUGAAAAAGAAGUGGACGUCAUCUUACGAACUUGAAAAGUGUAAGUUAGGAACAUAUUAAACCAAAGUUCGUCGAGUGAUGAAUAUUUAGGGUCGUAAGAAUCAAAUAUCAACCAGUCUACAUCCUCUUUAAGGGACUGGUCAUUAUUUUCUCAUUUACCGUCGGGGGGGGUGGGGGGGGGGGGGGGGGAAAGGGUUCAAAGAAUUUUAGUUGAGUUGCGAUGAAAUGUCCCCCCUCUUUAUAAAGCUCUGUAACAUUCUUAUGAUCCUUUCCACACCUCAUUGGCAGUUUCAAGAAUUUAGCACUCAGUUGUCUAUAUUCCCUUUUUUCAAACUCUGUUCGUGACGACGAUCACCCCUCCGUUACUCCAGAAGAUCUUGUGAUCCCCCACCCCCGCCCACCGCAAGAAAAGCCUCCGACCCACCUUGGCAAUAAAGAGUGACGGGUUCCUUUGAUUCAUUCGUGUAAUGUUUUUCCUUAUGAAAAAAUACAUUGACUCUAAAGAACCGGCUAACAUCGCCAAUCUUGUAAGUUUACUGCGACAAGAAUAACUUAAAAAAAUUUCUAGCGUAUACAGUUAAAUGUUGGAAUGUUAUUCAUCACUGUAAGUGUCAGAAUGCGCCACAUCUCAAAAAACUCCUCAAACUGGGUCUGAAAAGUGAAGCUCAACAACGGCAGUUAUAUUCGUUAAAACCGUGUAAAAUUUGCCUGGGUAUUGACUCCUGUGGAAACUGUAAAAAUCCUUCAUAUUAUUCCCCCAAAUAAAAUUAUGGCCCCCGAACCAGAGCACACCUUCCCCUUAUUCUCUGAGCAGAGCUCCGCCGAUAAUGUCCAUGGUUAGAUGCUAACUUUAACAGCUGAAUAGGUUCUAGGGUCGUUAUUUUCUUUUUGCUUAUAGGUGGGUUCAAUGAUGAGGUGUUGAAAAAUCAACUUUUUGUCAGCUACAGCUCAAAAGACGUUUCCUGGGUCAAUGAGUAUCUCAUUUCACUGCUUGAGAAACACUCAAUAGCCUACAGCAUUCAUAGCCGGGACUUUGAACUUGGCAAGCCCAUCGUUCAAAAUAUGGCGGACAAUGUGUACGGUAGCCGUCAAGUAGUAAUUGUUUUAUCACAGAAUUACCUUGCCAGUAACUUUUGCCGUGAGGAGCUACACAUGGCUUUUCAGAGGGGGAUGGACACGGGAGAUUCUUCUGUGAUUCUUGUAAUGAUCAAUAACUUGAGGAAGAAGCAACUGCCUGCAGCCCUAAGAGACAAGCGUCUGUUGGAGUUUGAGAAGCACAACAAGAAGCAAGAGUGGGAAGAGAAAAUUCUAAGCGAGAUUUUAGAUUGGAAGACAGAAAAUGUUUAAAGAAGUUAAUGUGUUAACAAAUUUUAAAUUCUAGAAACCUUCAUUGGGCCGGCUAAAUUAGCUUGAAGAUUUUUUUUUCCAAUUUUUAUUCUGAUGCCGGAUGGGAUCAGUUAACAGCGCGAGAGGUUCAUGAAUUAUCUCUCAGUCCCACGCUCAAAUCAUUGAAGUAUGAGUGAAAUUGUUCAGUCACCAUUUGAUUAUUCAACGAGAGGAAUCGUAAUUGAGGGCCAAACUGUUUUGAUUGGUUGGCGUCAGAACCCACUGACCUCAUCCCAGUCUGCAUAUCUGGGCAUCGUCGUCGUUCCACAUUUAUCCACCGCCAUAUGACGCGAAGUAUUCACUUCCGUAAACUUCCGGUUAGCAUUUGCUUACGGUUUUUUACUGCAUCAUAUGAAGUGAUUUUCAGCUGAUGAAUAUGCGAUUGAUUCAAAACUCUUUUGCAUAAGUUGAUUGAGGUGAUUAAUACAGAUAAGUAGUGGCUGUUUAUGACACGAUCCUUUUCAUUGAGAAGUAAAAUAACAAGGCAGAGUUACUGGCGUGGGUGUACUUUUUUACGUUCUUUUCUCUCCCUUGAGCCGUUCGGCUUGGUAUUUGCACCUACUAACUCCUUGAGGGGCAAUGGACGCAAAGGUCCAGAAGAAGACGUCACACGGC